UUUUAACUCAGGUGGAAUGUAAAGCUAGGCCAAGUCAAUAUUCGUCUCAAUUUUAAGAAUUCUAACAUGUGGAUUAAUGAAAAAAAACAAAAAAAUAUUAGUUAUUUGACCAAAUGGAUGAUGAUUGUCGUUCAACACGGCUUGCACAGAAGUAGGAAUCACUCAGAUUCCCUAUAGAUAAAAUAAGACAGGUAAUGACUCAAGAAUUCAAUUAACUAUAGGAAUAAUAUAAAUCUUUGUCCUAAUCUGCAUAAUAAUAUAGGUAAUUAGGAAGUCAAUUUGUUUUAUUCAACUGAUUAGAUUCAAUUUUUUAAUUUUUUUUUCCCCAUCUGAUACUAACUAAUGCGUGCAGUGCAUUUCUACAAACUAAAUCCUUUUUGUAACCUAAGCUUAUGUCUAAAUAAUUUUUUUUUUUUUUUUUUUUGGACAUUUCAGAAAUUUGAGCCUUUGGCAAUUCUGAUUCAAAAAACCUAUAUAUACAGAUUCCUUUGAAUCCUAUUCAAAAAAUAAUUUCAAAUCCAAUCUACUACUUCUUAUUAUUUUGCUUAUAAAAUAAUUAGGUGCAUAGGGUAGUCUAUAAUGAAAUUCACAUUUCACCAACCAACUUCCAUUUCCCUUUUUGACAUCCAAUCAUUUGGAAACCCAAUCUUUAUAAAUAUCAACCCAUCUUUACAUCUACCCAAUUAAGGCAAAGGACUUUCUUUUCUUCUCAAGCAUGUCUAAAGAAAAUGUAAGAGGAGAUGUUCUGGAGAAGAACAGAAGUCCAAGAGCAAGAGAGAAGCCAGACCACUACUUUUUAUCCAAACACCUGAAGAGUUUUUACCCAAUUAGGCUCCACAAGAGCAAUUCACCUCUAUCCCUGUCUUCAUUAUCACUGUCUUUGUCACAAAACUCUAUCGACUCGUCUCUCACGGAUUCUUCUUCUCCGCUGGAUCAAAGGAUCUCAUUAGCACUCCGUCGUCUUGCACCACCUGAAAGAAGAGAAGUCCCAGUGGGUAAAAAUGUCCAACACACACAUGGUUCAAAUUGCAGUGGAGAAGGCUUGAGAAGAUGUAAUUGGAUUACAAAGAAUAGUGAUAAAGUUUAUGUACAGUUCCAUGAUGAGCGCUGGGGAGUUCCAGCUUAUGAUGACAAUCAACUGUUUGAGCUUCUUGCAAUGUCUGGUAUGUUGAUGGAUUACAACUGGACUGAAAUUUUAAAAAGAAAGAAAGUCUUCAGAGAAGCUUUUGCUGGAUUUGAUGCCAACAUUGUUGCCGAAAUGGGGGAGAAGAAGAUCACGGAGAUAGUUUCCAACAAAGAAAUAAUGUUAGCAGAGAGCAGAGUCAGGUGCAUAGUAGACAAUGCCAAAUGCAUACUAAAGAUCGUAAGGGAAUUUGGAUCUUUCAGUAGCUAUAUGUGGGGUUAUGUGAAUUCCAAACCAAUAAUAAACAAAUACAGAUACCCGAGAAAUGUACCUCUGAGGACUCCGAAGGCAGAGGCCAUCAGCAAAGACUUACUGAAGCGUGGAUUCCGGUUUGUGGGUCCGGUCAUUGUCUACUCAUUCAUGCAAGCUGCAGGAAUGACAAUUGAUCAUCUUGUGGAUUGUUUUAGGUUUAAUGAAUGUGUAAGUCUUGCUGAAAGACCAUUGAGGCAUGUCUAAGUCCAACAUGAACUAUGUACUCAUUUUCCUGCAAAUUAAGCUGUCGA